AGAGCGGCUGAAGCAUUGCCUCUUGUCGCACCGACUCAUGAAUUUUAUAAAUGUAUUGCUCUAUUUUACCAUUUAUGAAUUUUAUGUACAUACAUAUUACCAAUACAGUACAUGCAUGUGUAUAUAACAAUUCAUAACAAAGUGACAAACAAUAGCUGAACUGUCUAGAAUAGCACACAUAAUAUAAAGCUUUACCAGCUGUACCACUCAAAGCAUUUAUUAUUAUUGCAUAUUAGCUAGGUCCAAGCCUCUAUUAAUACCCCCUUUUCACUUCUCCUCCUUCUUACCAACACUACUACUAUACAUCCUUAUUAUCAUAUUAUAAUGAUGAAGCUUUCCUUUGUAGCUUUUCUCCUUUGUGCUCUUCUCCUAAUUUCCUCAUCAUCAACUAUGGCUUAUCCCUCCUCAUCUUCAGAGGAUGGAGGAGGGGUUUGUGGAGAGAAAUGCAAGAAUCGGUGCUCAAAAGCAGGAAUGUUGGAUCGGUGCAUGAAGUACUGUGGGAUCUGUUGCGAGCAAUGCAAGUGUGUUCCUUCUGGGACUUAUGGCAACAAGCACGAGUGCCCUUGCUAUAAGGACUUGAAGAACUCCAAGGGCAAGCCCAAGUGCCCUUAACUCUUAAAAUUUUAGAAAAAGUCUUAAUUAUAACCUCUUAUUAUAAUAUUUUAGUCGAUCUUUACGCUCAAAAUUAUAGCGGUAUUUGUUAUGAUUAUAGUAUCAUAUUUCGUAAAAUUUUAAAAAAUUUAAAAAAAUUUACAAUGCCGAAAGAUAAAAUUUUUGAUAUUUCAAUUUACCGUGUUUAAAAACUUUAAAUGUAUUUUAGCAUUGUAAAUUAUUUGAAAUUUUUUAAAAGUUUACAUGAAUAAUGUUAUAAGCAUAACAAAUAUCGCUACGAAAAAAAUUGUCGAUAUAUGUUUUUGAGCAGGAAAGUUGAUUCGGAUAUUGUAAUAAGAAGUUGACGGAAGUAUUAUUAUGGUGUGUAUAUUUCAGAGAUUUGUGUGUACUGUUAGGUAUGGUGGUGUGUCAUGAGAUCAUUCAUGAUCAUCGGAAAAAUCAAAUAAAAUUGUUUUUUUUUUUUUUGUAUGAUUUUAAGAUUAGUAGCCGUGAAUCUAGUACUUCUGGCCAUAGUAAUUAAGAGUUAAGUGAGUAGUGGUAGCUAGCUGGUUUGUGGGGUUCUCUAAAUAAAUAUUUGUAUAAUUAAUCAGUACGUAGUACAAUUAAUGUCAUUUGGUGUGCUUUUGUUUAA